AUGAUUAUCUACAGAGACCUGAUUUCUGGUGAGCAUUAUCAUAAAGUAGAGGAGAGCGGAAGAGAGGGUGACGAAUUUGCCUCUGAUGCUUAUCCGAUAAAGGAGGUCGACGGUUUCAGUUAUGAAAUUGACUGUCAGAUGAUAACUAUUAAAGAAGGAGAUGUUGACAUUGGUGCUAAUCCUUCUGCAGAAGAACAGGCAGAGGAGCUUGACGACACCACAGAAAGAGUGAAUAAUGUUGUCCAUUCAUUUCGCUUACAAUCAACGAGCUUUGAUAAGAAAUCAUACAUGACAUAUAUAAAAGGCUAUUUGAAGGCUCUCAAGGCUCGUCUACAAAAAGCGGGAAAGAGCGAUGAAGAGGUGUCCGCGUUUGAGAAAGCGGCACAGGUCCACUUUAAGAAAAUUAUUGGGAAUUUUAAAGAUUGGGAAUUCUAUACCGGUGAAAGCAUGAAUCCAGACGGCAUGGUUGCUUUGUUAAACUAUCGCGAAGAUGGUAUUACACCUUAUUUCGUAUUGAUAAAGGAUGGCUUGGAAGAAUAUAAAGUGGUAAUUAACAGUGAUAUAAUAGACAAAUCCGAUCCGCUUACGACAAUGCCCGUCGAUAAUAUAGAAGAUUAUACGAAAAUGAUUUGGUUCCGUACAAACUGGAUUAUUUAUUAA